AUGUAAACAAUAGCCGCACGUGAUGUCAAGAUGGCGGAGGAAAAGUUUCCGUAGUUUCAAGAGGCUUUAAAUGUAUUAGUGGAAUAGAUAGAAAAGCCUGUUUCAAGAUGCCGAACAACAGCACUGAAAUAUUUGAUGAUAUAUUUUUGCAGAGUGAUAAGCUGGAAGUUGCAACUAUUAUCACUUUAUUAACCUCCACAUUGAGUUUUAUUGGGUCAGGAUCCAUUGUUCUCUGUGUCAUCUUACACAGAAGAGUAUGUGCAACAGAAAUAUUUCCAAUCUUUCACUUGUCGGUGGCCAACUUCUUUUCUUCACUGUUUCUUAUGGUGCUUUGCUGCUUGUUUCUCGCCGGUCACCCAAGCUAUCCUGGACCUCAAGGACCAUGUGGCUAUAUACUUGCAGUUACUAUGAGUUUAUUUAUUUGCACAUUUUUGCUGACUCUCAGCUAUGCUCUGGAAGCAUUCAUUCGGCUCCAUCGCCGUUUGCAGAGUUAUGUGUCCCUUGAAGGAUUUAGGACAGAAGGCAUCAACAAUAACUGUAUGUACUUAAUGUACUUUUUAUCAUGGACAUUACCGAUUGCAUUGGGAAUAUUCUUGAUGCUGGUAACGCAUUUUAUCAAGGAUGAGGAUGAUGGGUCACUUUAUGAUAUCAUCCCCAAAGAGUGCUCUCUCUGCUUUCCUGCCUUUGUUGCACAGCGGCAUUUUUGUUGGGCCCAGGUGAAAGAAGGAAACCUCUGGCUUUUGAUGUACAAGCUUAUUUUCCUUCUUCCACUUCUCUUUGUGUUCAUUGUAAACAUGGUGCUGUACUUGUGUAUUGCGAGAGAUUAUCGUCAUGUUUCCAUGAGACGAGGACUGUUGAGCUAUCACCAAAGACAAGAAGAGAUGACUUUGCGGAAAAAAGCCAUACUGUACCAGACUGCUUUCAUCAUAUGCUGGAUACCAACACUGAUUCUACAGAGCUUGUCCUUUUAUGAAAGUUUUGUUAUGAAGGACAAUUACUGGCUUUUCAUUCUGCAGUCAUUGCUGGGACCGCUGCAGGGCCUUUUGAAUUGCAUCAUCUAUGGCUGGAAGCGAAGCAGCUUCAGGCGAGCCUUGACAGAGAGCAGUCAGCUGCUGAGCACUAACAGGGGAGGAGCAGGAAUGUCCUACACACUGUAGUCACGGUGCAGCUGAGGAUGAUCUUACACUAAGGAGGAGCAGGAAUGUCUUACACACUGUAGUUUUAAUGCAGCUUUUAGGAUUAUCUUACACUUAGAUGUUUGAUUUCCAUGUAGGCAUCAGGUGGCCCAGGUUUCACCCUUUGUGGCUAUGUAUGUACAUUUAUACAGAUCUGUUUGUCUACACAGGAGGCUUUUAAAUAGCCUGAUCUGCAGCUGAUUUUUUUUUCAGCAGUUUACAUAAAAUGAAAUCAGUUGAUUGUAUAAGAAGGUUUUUGCAAUUCUUCUACAUUCAGUGCUUCCAUUAUAAAGCUCAGACAUGCUUCAGUUCAAUAAGUACUUUAGAUUUUAGUGCAUAUUCCAGUACUCUUUAUCACGCUUUGCUGAAGGCGUUUUAUAGUUUUUGCUAAUGAAGGAUUCAAUCAAAGUGUUUUUGAACCAGAUGAUACUGAAUCUUCCGGUGCUUCACAUUUUUGAGUAAUAUGUUGCUUUUAUUAUGUGUAUAUGUAAAUUCUAUAUUAACUUAUUUAAGGGCAUUUGCUGAUUUCAGUAGGACGCAUUAGUUGUUUCAAGUCUGUGUUAAAGUUGUGGAUUUUGUGAUUAUAAUGAUGCUAAGUGAAUGUUGAGAUGAAAGAGUUUGUGCAAAUACAAAGAAGCCAAAACUCCCAAACCAGGUCAUCAACAUGCCAUUCAUGCCAGGGACUCAGUAACUGGUUUACAAAAUGUGGAGGACAAAUGCUGCACCAAGAUCCACAUCCAAGCUGCAAAGCUUGAAACACUGAUCAGUUACUCAAUGCACAAAAGGAUGCCAGAGCCCAUAAAAUGUAAUUUGAAGAGGAGCAGCUUUUAGAGAAGCUUGCAGACUAAAAAGGCAAGGUUCAGACAUUUUCCAACAAGUUCACAAAGUCAUCUCUGGCUACAGAAGCUUGUCCUCAUGAAAAAGAGAUUUCUUUCCAGAGACCAGAAACAGCAUCCCUGGCAUCUUUAAAAAACGUUACUCAAAUAGAUUUAGAAAGGAAAGUGAUCACUGUCCAAUAACAUCCACCGAUCAUGUGCAAACAAACUAUGGACACAUGUAUAUGUAGAUUGAUUAGCUGAAGAGGCCACCAGAAAUCGAAAUGUGGGGUCACGACAAAGCUAUCAUCUCUGUGAAACUUGGAAGCCCUCACAAAGAGAUGGAGCAGGGAACUAAUUGCCUUUGCAUCUGCCAUAAACAGACUGCAGCAAUCCUCUGAACUAUCAUUCUUACAGUAAAAUUCCCUCUUCUUGCAAUAUCCCGGGCAAUGAGAUAGUUAAUAGACUGGCAAAGAAGAGAGCGAUGCUUGUCCAAGAAACAACCCACACCCUCCAGGUUAGCUUUGCUGAGGCCAAGACAAUAAUUAAAAGCAAGCUUAAGAAAAGAUGGCUCUAACCACAUCCAAACAACAGCAACCAAGACCCCCUUUGCAGACGUAAUAAAGAUGAGGAACAGGUGGCCAUCAUGCAGCAGGACACUCCAGACUCAGACAUCGUAUAUACACCUGCAUUGGAGAGUGUGCUCCUAUGGUUUGGCCCCAGUUACAGUGGCCCACAGUCCUGUAGGACUGUCCAAUCCAUCAUUACCAAAGACUGAUCAGUAAUGAAAUUCUCACAAGUUAACAGUUUUAGUGAGAUUUUGACUGGAAUAGUAAGUACCUUUUUGUCAUUGUACAGGUAAACAUCAUACCUUGAACUUAUUUUUGUUUAACAAGUGCAAUUUUAGGCAAAUAUGACUGAUAUCUAACCAGUUCCAAGUACUGGCUUGGAUAUAUAGAGUCAGUCUCAGCUUUCUCCCUCCCAACACAUCCAUUAUUUGCUGAGACUUGUGUAAGCAGCCCACAAAUAAAUGCAAGUUUGGUUGUUGUUAGCCUUGUGCAGCCUUAAAGCUAUAUUCUUUUUCUUCUUUUAUUUUAUUGAGAGUUAGCAUCAAUCAUGUGACUUAUUUGUGAGGGUGAUAGCUUUUCAAAAAAACUGAUGUAAAUGUGAAUUUUCAUCUCACUUCUCAUCUCCUUUCACCACUUGCUUCCUUAUUCAUUUAUUUAUUGCUUGGGGACACUGCAUAGUUUUAAAAACAGCAGUGGCAUAACUGAUCAGAGAAUGUAACAGGCAGAAGAAAGUGAAGCUAGAGUUCCACCAUCCAUCCCCUCUGUGCACUGUAAAUCACUUAAAGUUCAUUUGUCUCCAUCCAUAGCUGUGAGACUUAACUUUUUACUUCAGUCAUUGCAGGUAAUGACUGAGCUAUUAACACAAUGCUAAUGCAUGCAUUAAUAAACGUAGCAACAAGUUUGAUUUUCAGCACAAUGUGUCGCAAUAUGUUGCACUAUAUAAGCACCAUUCAUUAUCAUUAUUAUUGUUGCUGUCGCUGGAGAUUGACACAAAAACCCACAGUCUUACAUUUGUAUCCUGAAACAGCUUUAUUAUGAAUGACAGGCAUUAAAUAUAUAUACACACAUGGAGAGAAGGUGAGGAAGGGAGAACAUUAUUGAGCUAGUUGGUUUAGCUUGUAUACACCCAUGACAACCAGUUAUUAUUUUUUUAUACCUCUGUUGUUUUAUACGUGUUGCUGCAUUUAGUCUCCACGAUGAUUUCUUGAAUGUGUCAAUAUGCUUGUUAUUAUUGCUUUUUUAGUGCCAUGUAGGCAGAAAUUAUUUUUGCUAAAGACUGUUUUAUAAAGCACUAGUCUGCCUAUUUUUGACACAGAAUGACUACUGUUGGUUUUUUAUCUCUAUAUAUCCAUGUAUUUUUAUAUGUGGGAAGUUUUGUUGAAGAAACCUAAAAAAAAAAACCAACCUUCCUUCACUAGACCAUCCACAUUUUUACGCUUACACUAGAUCAUAACCUAACACUAGUCAUUCUGUUGUCUUUUCUGAAAAAGAAAAGGUACUAACAUUUAGAGUAGUGUACAUGUAAUAUUUUUGACUGUUGACAUUAAUUGUUAUUUUCUAUGAUUAUUCAGACAUUUUGUUGCCAUAUUAUUGUGUUCAUGAAUUAUUUCAGAGAUCUGUUUAUGAUCACAUUUUGGUUUGCAUGCUUGCCUGGCAGGCAUGAUUUUAAAGGCAGAACAAGCUGCAUUUUAGUUUAUUUUAUGCCACUUAUACUUGCUUUUUAUUUCUGUUAACAAGUAGAAGCAUAUCAAACUGAUGUUAUCAACCUUAAUGGUUUUUUUGUGAGAGUGGGUGGACUGUUUUGUUGCUGUUUACACCCUUUGAGUUUCACUUUUAGUGAUUUGUAUGCACUGUAUAAUUGUAACAAACUCAUGAUCUUUCAUUUGUAAUCUGACUGGAUUUUGCACCCCAGAUAAUUUCUGAUGUUGUCCAUAAUUUUGCUCUCCAUUGUUUAAAAUGAUGCAUUUUUUUUUACAAAGGAAUUCUUUAUUUUCAUCAUCUUAUCAGCAGGUUGUGUGACAGGGACUCUAGGGGCAGAUAACUUAAAGCUCACAUUAGACCUACACAAGACAUUUAUAAUUCUCUGUAGAACAAAAUCUUAAUUUUAAGAGAUGGGUAUACUUGUAACUUGUAGCAAGAAUAAUGACCACAUUUCUUUGACUAUUGCAAACAUUGCUUGCCAUGUUGAUGAGCACAAAAUAAAAUGUUGGAACUACAGCUUGGGGUUGCCCCAUCUUCCCAGGAAAUGUCAGGCUUGCCAUCUGUAAGAUCUGCCACAUUAUCAGGUACAUACCUUGCUUUCUGAUAAAAUGUGAGAUGUUAACAGUAGCUUGAAUCCACCAAAAUUAAUGUUUCCAAAGAGAGGUACACAUUUGGUUUAUUCUGUUAUUUCAUUCUAACAUUGUAAAAUGUUUUAUUUUGAUAGUCUGAAGGCAGUAGUUUUGCCUUUUCUUAUAUACACUGCUGAUCACACAGUUGUACCCACAUGUAUUUGAGAACUUCAUGGUUGUGACUUUGUGUUUUUACACUUUUAUUGUCCAUGUUUGGCUAUUCUGAAAUGCAAUCAUAGGCAUUUUGUUCUGUCAGUGUGUUCGUAAUAAAAGUGUUCAUGACAGGAUUUAUCUCUUCAAAGAAGGGUUAGCUUCUUUGCUGAAACAUUUUAAGCGGCUUAAGGCUUACAUGUGAUUUUGAUCAUGACAGUAAGCCUUCUGGAGUUGUGGCUUGUUGAUUGACAGCGGUCCGGUGGCGCAACGGUUAGCGCCUGUCACCAAUACAGUGAAGGUUGGCUGCCCUGAGUUCAUUUCUCGUCUCGGGCAUGUUGUUCUUUCUCUGCACGUGGCAUCUGUUUACAGGGCUGGCUGCUUGCCGUGAUAUAGCCUUAGCUGCUGACACGGCGUAAAACACCAAUUUCCCCCCCCCCCUUGUUGAUUGACAUUAGAAUUUAUUAUACACUCUCACAUACCCAUGCCAAAAUAUUUGUGACAAUAUGGAAGAUCAAAAAUGUAGGAAACCUGCUUUUUGUAUUGUAUUUCGCUUCAGCUCUGUAUCACAUUCUUCACUGUGAUUCAAAGCAACAUGAAAAAUGUUAAAACCCUUCCUGGUAGAGAAGAUAUUUUGCUGCUUUGUCCUGCCCAUUCUGUGUUACUUUUAAAGAUCUAUUUCUUUUGUCUGUCUUUAAAUUACUAUUUGUUAUCAUGAUCACAAAAUUAUUUUUUCUAUGUGCAUAAACAACAUAAUACACCUACAUCAGCACACAAUUUAACAAGCAAUUGACUUAUGUGAAAGUUUCCAAGAUGUGAUGACUCCCAUCAGCAUCAAUAAACCAUUUUUAAAACGAUGA